AUGGGAAUUACAACACUUACCAACCGAACUGUGAAACACAACAAAAGUGACAAAGAAGACAGCAAAGAGCCAAAGACAAGUUCAGCAAUAAAAGCAACCACUACAACUACUACCACCACCACCACCACAACAACAACUACUUUAGCCACUACAACACCUACAGUAAAGCCACCAAAAAGAAUGACUCCAGUGCCUAAGGAAGCAUCUUUUGAAGGAAGUAUGCCUCAAUUUCCUGCUUUUUUAAAGGGCAGACUGUGUUGAGAUAUGUAAUUAAUUCAUGGUCCUAAGCAUUUUAUUUGCCAAAUGUUCAAGAAAUCUAAACAUCAAGUUUUGACUCAUUCUAUCCUUCUACUUGUUGCUAGGUCAAGAUGAAUUAAACACAACUGUAACAUACUAAAUUUAACUAAAUUUGUUUGAAUGAUGAAAAACUAAAAUUCACAUGAAGAACUAGAACUAAAAUUGUUCUUUAUCUUUCUUUCACAGUACCAUGGUGGGCAGUAUUUGCAGCUGUUGGGUUAGCACUCCUUAUAGCUGGCAUUUGCUGUUAUUGUGUCUGCUACCGUCAAUGUUGCAAAAGGAAAAAGAAGGAUGAGAAAAAAGCCAUAAAGGAAAAAGUUGACCUUAAAGCCGUACAAAUGUUGGCAGCCAGCUACCAAGAGAAAGUUCAGCCAUCUGUAGAUGAGUUAGAUUACAACAGUGAUGAAUUCCAGUCUGAUGGUAGCUCAGGAGUAAAAAUAGGUAAAUAAUAAUAAUAAUAAUAAUAAUAAUAAUAAUGAUAAUAAUAAUAAAAAUAAUAAUAAUAACAUUAAUAAUAACAACUUGAUAUCUUUCAUUGAUACAUAACUUUUUGGGUUUCUAAUAUCAUUUGAGAAUUUCUUUAUUUUAUGAAUUAUUUUAGGCUAUGGUAAUGACAAGCUACGCGAUUGCGCCUUGUCAAUAUCUUAUUUAAGGAGGCAUUCUUACAUUUUACUGCCACACAAUAAUAAUGAAUUGUUAUGUAUGAUUUCCUAAAAAUUUGAACAUUACAAAAACAUGGCUGGUGAUGAUAAUAUUGAAAGAACCUUUACCUAAGAAGUGAAAAGGUUAAAUACAGGCUAGAGACUGAUGUGAGUGAUAACAUAAUACUGACAGACAUGGCAUAAUAGCGAUAUACAGGGCUUAAAUGUUGAUUAUUUUUUCCAGGUCGCAUUCACUUCACCCUUGACUAUAGCUUCAAUGAUAACUGUCUCACAGUUGGAGUAGUAGAAGCUCAGGAUGUCCCUGCUAAAGAUUUCAGUGGAACUUCUGAUCCAUAUGCAAGAGUUAUGCUGUUACCCGACAGGAAAAAGAAAUUUGAUACUAAGGUAACAAACAAUCCAACUUAUCUUAGGGAAAAAGUUUUGAUAAAAUUACAAACAGCUCACUAAAAUUGCCUGAUCUUCCUUCCUGGUGAAAAUUCUGCAAUAAUCCAAAGUGAGUUUCAACAGGGACUGCAGUUGCAUAGUAGACAUGGUAGUUGUUUCCAGUUCCAUUUAACCAAAUAAAAGUUGUGUGGAGAGAAAGGAACAUGACAAUUUAUUUUUUCUUGCUUAUGCCCUAUGCCUUUUCAAAGCCCACACUUUACUCUUGUUUCUCUUGCUUGGCUGGAGGAAGAUGAAAAGACUCCUUCUCAGGCUAGGACCUCAGCGUGUUCCAAAUGGGGUCCUAUCAUUUAAAGUCCACUUGGUCUCAGUUCACCUUUGAAAACCCUCAAAAGACUUCAACCUGAAACAAACUGAUUCAACUGGCACUUCUCUCGAACAACUGUCUGUUUGAGAACAAGCCAUCCAUACCAUGAAUCGACAUCAUGAUGAUACUGAAAACAAUCAUUUCUGAAGUUGAGGAAAGUCUUACCCACUCAUUAACAUUUCAAAUUUUAGGUUCACCGGAAGACUCUAAAUCCAGUUUUCAAGGAAACAUUUGUUUUCAAGAAUAUUCCAUACAGUGACAUAACAAACAGAACUCUUUGUAUAGAGUUGUAUGACUUUGAUCGGUUCUCUAGACAUGAUAUCAUUGGAGACGCCAAGCUCCCUCUAAUUGAUGUAGAUUUAGCAACUAGCAUUGACGAAUGGCGAGCUUUAAUUCCACCAUCAUCUUCAGGAGGACUUACUGGGGUGAGUUCCCACAUCACUGCUGUAUAAAAAACAACACUUACACAUGUAAUUUGUUCUUGUAAAUUGUUUAAAAAAUAUCCCCUCUAGUGUGAGUCAAACCAGCUAGUAUAGCGAAAAACAUGAAGUCAGAACUUCCAAGAAACAAAUUGCUUUUAGUAACAGAGUAAGGUAUUUGAAGUUUGGUCUUCCAGGUUUCAAAUCCAAUGCCUUUAACUACUAUAAAAUGAUGCCUUCAUUUUAUUUCACUCACUACUAAAGCAAACAGCGUUCUCAUCAUUAACAAGUCCACAGACUUCAACCUCUUACAUUAAUUUUACAGAAUUUCUAAAUUUCACCCCUUGAUCUUCUUGUGUUGAAUCUUUUCUAGCAUUCCAAGUCUGAACUAGGACAGCUUUGUUUCUCAUUGCGUUAUGUCCCUGCUGCUGGUAAACUUCAAGUGGUAAUAUUAGAAGCUAAAGAUCUUAAAAGUAUGGAUGUAUCAGGUUUUUCAGGUAAGAGUAUUAAAAGACCUCUAGUUAUGCAUCUCUUCCACAGUUUAGAUAACUUUGAGGGGUUUAAUAAACCCUUUGACUCCCAAGAUCUGAUUGGUAAUUCUCCCAUCUAGCUGCAACACAAAUCCUUGUAAAUUAGUUACAAGAAUUUGGUGUUAGAUCAAGACAAAAACUUCUACCCAAUAAGUUUUAAUAACUUCUCACUAGCUGUUUGCUGGAUAAUGUAAGGAUAUUAUCAGGAGAAGUUUCAUGUUGAUCACUUCUGGGAGUUAAAGGGUUAAAACUGGUUUCUUAAUAGUCACCCUUGCUAACAUUUCAGUGAGGAACCUGUAACAAAAUGUUAAGCCAAAGCUGUUACUUGCUUCAAAGACAGGGCUUUGCAUUCAACCUGUUUCAAACUUGCCAUUUGACAAGCUGAAACUACAAACUUUUAGUUGGUGGAGAAAAAGUUGGAGGGCAUUUCAUGCAAUAUUAGAUAUAAUCAAUUUUAAGCAAAUGUUUAGUGUAUUUUAACUUCAGCAUAUGAACAAUGCCUGUUACAUAAUUGAUAUAGCUAUUUUAAAGGCUGACAAACACUGGUUUGCACAGUUUACCUUUGAACCAUGAUAAAAAUGUUAUAGCUUGUUCAUAGACCAUGAAACUCUAGAUGCCAAAUUUAUGACUUAACAAUAGACUUCAAACCAAAUUACCAAAUUGUUCAUUAACUUGCCCUGGUGACCAAAACAGUUGCAGUUUGGAACACUGAAAAAUGGUCUGUGUAAGGUUUAACAGUUAAAUAAUAAUUAAGUCAAGUUAUUAUGAAUUUGGUAAGAUUUUUAAAAUCUAUCACUUUAUGCUUGCUCAGCGACUUGAUGAAUGUCUCAACCCAUACAAUACACUGCACUAAAGAUUAUCCUAAAAAGUAGUCAGAAUUGUUGAUCGUUGUUAGGGACUGAAGACUUCAGUGAAAUAACUUAGGCAAAUGUUUCUUUAAAACAACCAGACUCCAAGUUACCUUCUUGAAAUUACAGAUCCUUAUGUCAAAAUAGCCUUGAUUCAAGAUGGACGGAAACUCAAGAAGAAAAAGACAACCGUCAAGAAGAGAACACUUAACCCUUACUUCAAUGAGAACUUUAGUUUUCAAGUUCCCUUUGAGAACAUAGAGCAAACAUCUUUGAUAAUCUCUGUGUUGGACUAUGAUCGUGUUGGUCGCAGCGAAGUCAUUGGAAAAUGUGUUGUAGGUGAAUUAUCAACAGGUCCAGAUCAGCAACACUGGACAGACAUGCUGGCAUCGCCACGGAGAGCAAUUGCACAGUGGCACACUUUACAUAAUUAA